CACCGUGUUCUCUGAGGACAAAGCAGAACACCAAACUGAGGCCAUGCAGCUGAAACAUGAAAACAUGAACGUGUGACAGCAUGAGGCUGGAAUCAGGAGGGAGGCCAAGAGACAUCGGCCGACUGUAGGCCAGUAGGAGAGAGAGGUGGAGGCGGACGAUGAUGAAGAUGUUGAGGUCUUGGAGGGUGCUGCUGUGGCAUGUGGUCCUCAGAGUGUCUUAUCAUGUUGUUACAGCCAGUCUGUGUCGGGAGGGCUCUGACAUCUUCGCCUCGGUUAGAGAGAACAGUCCAACAGGUGAGUUCAUCUCCAAUAUCAGCAUCGCUGCAGGUCCACAAGCCAACACCAUUCGCCUGUGUUUGACCGGACGCAAUGCCAACUGGUUCUACUUAGAGGGACGGACCAUCAGACUCAACUCCUUAGUGUCCAGAGUCCUCGACCGAGAGGUGGAGGGAUCAGUGCUGAUAGCAGAGCUGACAUGUUAUGAAAAUGAUAUUAUACAGGGUAACUAUAGGAUCUUGGUGGAGAUUCUGAAUGAAAAUGACAACAGACCAAACUUCCUGCUGGAGACAAUUCAGCCGUUCACCAUCAGUGAGCUGACAGCAGUGAACUCAGUGGUUUUCACUGUAAAGGCCAUCGAUGCAGAUGGAGAUGUGAUCAGCUACAUCAUCGAUCCAUCUUCACAAGAUGCCCAGUUCUUCAGGAUUGACCUGCCCAACAGUGGAAAGGUAGUUCUGAACAAACCUCUGGACUACGAGAUGAGAACCCACUUGCAGCUCAUCGUGUGGGCCCAGGAAUCCAAUACUGUGGACAAGUUCAACACGUCUGCUGUUCUCACCAUCAACAUCAAGGAUGGUGAUGACCAGUAUCCUCACUUCCUGCCCUGCACACCUGUCUCACCAGGUGUGCCUAUCUGCACGAACCCCACCUACACAGCCAACAUCACACAGAAACACCAGGACAUGGCUCUGGAGUUUUCUCCUGGUCCAAUCAGAGCAGAGGAUGGAGACAGAGGGAUCAACACUUCUCUCACCUACACCAUCCUCUCAGGUGGUGAUCAGGACAGGUUUGUGAUCAACAACAGUACAGGUGAGAUCAGGUUAACCAGAGCUGUGGAUGACCGACGGCUGACACCAAACUUUAAGCUCACAAUCAUGGUGUGCCAGGUGGAUGACAGGUUGAAGUACAGUGUGGCGUCAGUUCUGGUCAGAGUUCUCUAUGAGAACACGUUCCCUCCCACCUUCAAUAGAACAAUCUAUAAAGGGUUCAUCAUCCAGAGCUCUAGCCCUGCUUCUAUCGUCUCAACCUAUGGGAAUCAGGUGUUACAGGUCCAGGUGUCAGACCUUGACUUCACUGAUGGCCUGAACCCAAAUAUCCACUACUCACUCCACCCUCCAUCUGGGCUGUACCAAGUUACCCAAGGGGGUGUUCUGAUCGCCAGGACAGACCAACUGCAUGACUUUGACAGACAAAUCCUACAGGUUGUCGCCAGAGACGAAGAAUCGGGAGAGGAAGUUUCAGCUUCUGUGGACAUUGAAGUCCUGCAGAGAGGCCAAGCAGUGCCUAGUGGUGCGUUAAUGGAGCAGCAGCUGUUCGGAGACGUGGACAGCAGGCUGGCAGGAGGAAUCGCAGUACUUAUCGUCAUCACGUUCCUUUCAGCAGUUCUGUUUCUGCUGCUUUGGACCAUCCGGAGGAGACACCUGCAGGACCCUGAGGAUCAUUCCACCAUUGCCUUUGGAAAACAUCCCAAUGUGGUGAACAGCCCACCUGUCUUGACGGACGAGUCAUCACACAGCGGCAGAGCUUUCGGUCGUCAAUCUGGCAGUUUUCACGGAAGACAGGGAGUGUACACCAGGAGGCCAUCUCUGCUUCCGCCUCCAUCAUCAUCACACCAGAGUGAGCCCACAGAAAGUAGGUCCACACCUCCUCAUCCUCCAUCAUCAUCAUCAUCUCACCUCAUUACUGUUGUAGAGAAAGAUGAAGGUGGCGCUCACACCUGGGAAGCUCUGAAGUCACCAGGUGAGUCCACAGGUGUUCAUGUUGGUAACAUAACACUGAACACUGGGACACCUCUGCAAGAUGACAACAUAAAGCCUGACUAAUCAGAGGAGACGCUACAGGAGUCCAAACCCUGCCAAUCAGAGAGCAGGAAGAAAUGAGUCAGAUAUUCCGCCAAUCAGUGAGUGGGAAUCCAAACCUUAUAUCUGAAUCAAACUUGUGAUUCACAGAAAUUUUUCUUGUGGACUUUUCAUUUCUUUUUUGCAUUGUCUUUGUGGAGAAAAGUCA